GCAGGUUAUAAUGAAUGAUUAUAUGUUGACGAGAGCUCCGAUUGAGCUCUUUAUUCUAGCCUUUACUUAAUAAUUUGUUUGCUGUUUCGAUCUGUCCGUUUGUUUGCCCCCUAUCGGUCUGCUUGUAUGUUCAGGGUUAGAUAGGAGGCGAACCCUUUGUUCCUAUCUUCCUUAUAAGAAAUCGAAUAUCCCUUAGCCCUGUAAAUAAAACAACAAACACAAAACGUCUACCUUUUUUUACAACACAGAUUACUAGUAAUGAUCUGAACCAUUUUGAACUUCUCCCUAGCCAACACUUUCUGUCACUAUGAAAGGUGACAAUACCGCCUCCCCUGGGAACAGCCCAUCGAGCUCAUCGUCAAGCUCAUCGAGCUCAAGUACAUGGUCAAAAGUCCCAGAACAAACCCCAGAAGAUGCUCGUCUGUUUGACUAUCAUCUCGACCUUUUGAGGCCCGGCUCUGCCCAGCGAGGAUUUCAGGAUGUCACGACGACACCGGUAUUUUCCAUGCCUGUUCUCAAGCAAGCCGUAGCCGAAGCUAUUGCCGCCGGGGAUUCCUCACCAGCAUUUCCACAAUACGGUCUACUUGCUGGCAUGGCUGAAGGCGCACCAAAUGAGUCAAAAUCCAAAGAGGGAGACAGGUCAUCCAUCCAUGAUCCUCGAGUCUUCUUCAAUGUUGCUGCUCCAUCGAGCACUUUCAUCUGUGGCUCUCAGGGUUCCGGCAAGAGCCACACGCUCUCAUGCUUGCUGGAGAAUUGCUUGAUUCCGUCUGAUGCCAACAAGCUUCCCCGCCCCCUUACUGGCCUUGUUUUUCAUUAUGACACCUUCAUCUCAGACGGGGGUGGAUCCCCUUGCGAGGCGGCCUACCUAUCUUCGGAUCCGAAUAUAAAAGUGAAGGUCUUAUGCUCGCCGACAAACUAUCGCACGAUCAAACGAACAUACCAUGCCUUCAGCAACAUUACAGUUGAGCCGCUGCGAAUCAGCGAAGAGAAUCUCAACACAAAGCGCAUGCUCGAUUUGAUGGCUGUGAGCCGCGGCGACGGGCCAAUGCCUCUGUAUUUGCACGCCGUCUACCGCAUCCUGCGAGAGAUGCGAAUCGAGCAACAGGAGAUGGGAACGGGCUUUAGCUACGCCACGUUCAAGGACCGCGUUGCGAAAACAGAAAUGACUCCAGCUCAACUCAGUCCACUCACACAGCGACUUGAUACUCUUCAGAGUUUCAUGCCGAAUACCGAGACUGGAGUCUUUAUCCAACAGCGAAAGGGCAAGUCGAUGAGACAGUAUGGAAAUGACUGGACCUCCAAGCCCGGUUCUCUUACUAUCGUCGAUCUUUCAUGCCCCUGCGUCACACCGGAGGGGGCUUGCUCACUGUUCAACAUCUGCCUGAGUAUUUUCCUCGACCAGGACACGGCGGGUCGCCGGGUGAUUGCCUUGGAUGAGGCACACAAGUUCAUGAAUGAGUCGGCCGAGGCCCAGACCCUCACGGCGACGCUGCUCACCAUAAUCCGAUUGCAACGCCACCUCGGCGCCCGAAUCAUUAUUAGCACGCAAGAGCCCACCAUCUCACCGGAGCUCCUUGACCUUUGCUCGGUUACCAUUGUUCACCGCUUCACGUCCCCUGAAUGGAUGAAAAGUCUCAAAGCGCACCUAGCAGCAGCGGCGUCCGACAUUACUGAUCCGGAGCCCGAUGCGGGCGAUCGAGACACAGAGUCGAUCCCAGGGGCAAAGGUCCAGACGGCGAGCAUGAUCUUCAAGAAGAUCGUUGGUCUUGAAGUUGGAGAGGCACUUUUGUUCUCGCCCAGCGCAAUGGUUGGUGUCGAUGUGGCGAGCGGAAGUGGCAGGUAUGCAAGGCUCGGGGCGGGGUUUCUGAAGGUCAGGGUGAGGAGUAGGUUGACGACCGAUGGGGGCAAGAGUAUUUUGGCCGCAUAG